UCUGUGCCGCGACAGCCGCCACGAUGCUUGCUAUCCGGAUUCUAGUGGUCGUCCUGACUGCGUGGAACAUAGCGGAGAAAAAUGUCAAAGGGGCGGAGCCUCCUGGGAACCAAAUUCCGUAUAUAAAGAAACUCCGGGCCCUCCUGACUGAGUCCGAAGUCCCCACGGUUGUCGACGGCAAGCCGACCACCAAGACUGUGGUCUACAAAAUACCAGAAAUCGAAGAUUGGCUGGAAAAGAUGCUGCGUAACAGCAAAAGGUCCACCGACUUCAGUGACAUUACUGAGAGGCCAUUCGCCUAUUCUCCGGAGACUACGAGCUACUACUACGUGGAGGAAAACCCCUUCCAUGUGGCUCAGCCAAAGGUUGAGACGAAAACAAUCCAGGACCAAACAGACAAGAUGAUCAUGCCGCGCAAGACCAGGCAAGAACAAGCAGGUGAAGACAAAGAAGCGUUAGUGGCAGAUGAACUCGAUGACCUCGCCAGCGGACUCGACAGCACGGCCAGACCUCGGCUUACCUUCUUCUACGAUACGAAUGCCUCCGACCUCUCCGACUCUAUCUAUAGCAUCGGAAUCCUGAUCGGCGUUAUUGCUGCCAUCACCGUAUCCCUUGUUGGAUUGACCUACGGACUCUACGUUUUGUCGAAGAAGAUUAAAGCAACCGGUGAGCCGGAAUACCCCGCUUACGGUGUGACCGGCCCCUCGGAUGUCCACGGCGACAGCAGGCUGGCGCACUCCGCCCACCUCUACCACUACCAGCACCAGAAGCAACAGAUCAUUGCUAUGGAAAAGGGAGUCGUGGCUGAGAACCGUCCUGGAUCCGUGUCCGAGCCUGAGUCCGAGGAAAACGAGGAAGGAGAUUACACCGUGUACGAAUGCCCCGGCUUCGCGACCACUGGCGAUAUGGAAGUGAAGAACCCGAUGUUCUCCGACGAGCCGACACCCGCUACACCUGGCAAGUGCGAGAUCGUGCGUCCCCAGCCCAAGGAGUAAUCAGCAUAAACCCUAAUCCCAGCGCACCUAAUAACAUAAACAAGGACAAUUCUAUUAUCCCUCUCUCUCUCUCUUCGUAUACUAUAUUCUGAUCGACCGAAUAUAAUCGAUCCUUAAUCAAAUAUGUUGUGCUUAUAGUUCACAACUAUAUGUAAUCGAUAAUGAUAUUAAAUUUUAAUGUUACGUAAAUUAAGUGUCGAAGGUUAUGCAUAAUACAAUCCAAACUUAAUGACGGCUCGCAAUAUCUAAGAUCUAAGGUAUCGUUGGGACAAACGCCUGCUUGCGCUUCCCUCCACCAGUCCUCACAAUGGGCUUGCUACUAACCCCGAGCCGCCAUGAAGUUUGAACAUUCUAAUAUUAUUAUAGUUAUUAAAAAUUAAGUUUGUUCCCGGGCCAGGUGUGCUUAAAGCGCGGCCCGUUAGUUCCUUAUAUUAAUUUGUUAACAACUUCCAUAGUCUACUGAGUUAUGUUUUUUAUAUAGAUUAUUCUAAAUUUGUUAUAUGAUUAAAACAAAGCAUAUAUAAAAUACCAUUACCGCUAUAAAUUAAUAUUUAGAAUAAAUAGGAAAGAAAUCGUCUAUUUUUUCACGAAAUAAGAUUAUCCGCACAAGUGACAAAUUAUCAUAAAAAUAUUUGGAUAUAAAAAAAAAAUACUUAUUUACAAGAUUUUACUGUAGAGAAAAACUAAAUUUACUACUUACAAUUAUUAUAAAUCAUCCAUCCGUCAAUCUGUUUACAUGCGGAUAUAAAACACCUAUAUCUAACUAAAUAUGUAACCCCCUUUAUGUUUGAAAACUCUGUUUUAUUUUUUUAAUUAUCCGUAGACAUAACAUAAUCGCAUAUGUAUUGAUAUAAGGAUAGUUUUAAUUCAUAAUUGGAUGUUAUUUUCUUGAAAUAUAGUAUAGAGCAUA